CGCGGCUUCGGGCCGUGGUUUCCCGGAGCGCCGCCGGUCCCUUCCUGCGGCCCGGGCUGUGCGCGGCGGCUCCGCCCGCGCCCCGUUGGCGGCAGCGGGGCGGGACCGGCACCGGCACCGGGCGGCUCCGGGGCUCCGGCACCGGCUGAAGUUUGUCCCAGUUCCUACUGGACGCGCUUGGCGAGAUGGAGCCGCCGACCUCCUCCCGGCUGAAUCCCCGCAAGAGAAGAAAAGAUGGAUCCGGCCCCAACGGGGCAACGGAGCUGGAUGGAGUCCCUCCAAAAAUGUCCCGGCGCUCAGUCGGACUGAGGGAACCAGCUCCGUUUUCAGAUGAAGUGGAGAUCGACUACAGCAAGCCAUACAUCAGAGUGACCUAUGAAGAAGCCAUGAGAGGGACCCCUUUGGAUCGCCCUGUCAGAGUUUACGCCGAUGGAAUAUUUGACUUGUUUCACUCUGGACACGCCCGGGCCUUGAUGCAAGCAAAAAACCUCUUCCCAAACACAUACCUCAUUGUGGGAGUCUGCAGUGAUGAGCUGACCCAUAACUUCAAGGGCUUCACGGUGAUGAAUGAAAACGAGCGGUACGAUGCUGUGCAGCACUGUCGCUAUGUGGACGAAGUGGUGAGAAAUGCACCAUGGACGCUCACCCCUGAAUUCCUGGCAGAGCACAGGAUCGACUUUGUUGCACAUGACGACAUCCCCUACUCUUCUGCUGGCAGCGAUGAUGUAUAUAAGCACAUAAAAGAAGCAGGCAUGUUUGCGCCGACUCAGAGGACUGAGGGGAUCUCAACGUCAGAUAUCAUCACCCGCAUCGUGCGGGACUACGACGUUUAUGCCAGACGGAACCUGCAACGGGGCUACACGGCUAAAGAGCUCAACGUCAGUUUCAUAAAUGAAAAGAAAUACCACCUCCAGGAGCGCGUGGAUAAGGUGAAAAAAAGGGUGAAGGACGUGGAGGAGAAGUCAAAGGAAUUUGUCCAGAAAGUGGAGGAGAAGAGUAUUGAUCUCAUUCAGAAGUGGGAAGAGAAGUCCCGGGAGUUCAUUGGCAAUUUCCUGGAGAUGUUUGGCCCAGAAGGCGCCUUGAAACACAUGCUGAAGGAGGGCAAGGGCCGGAUGCUGCAGGCCAUCAGCCCCAAGCAGAGCCCCAGCAGCAGCCCCACGCACGACCGCUCCCCGUCGCCCUCCUUCCGCUGGCCCUUUUCCACCAAGACUCCUCCUGCCUCGCCGGGAAACCGCUCCAGGAACGAGUCUGCAGUCACCUACGACAUCAGCGAGGAUGAAGAGGAUUAAGCUGCCAGCCGGGAUUUGCCACGACCUCGCUGAUCGCCGAAAUCCUAGGUCCAGACCCACUGGGGAACUCUACCUGAGCAGGAGAGCCGUAGGAACAGGGCUGACGGGGGGCACAGGGCCUGGGAGGCACCCGCUGCUCUUGGCGAGGGCUGCUGCCUGGAAGCACGUUCAAACCUCCUCUCCCUUCUCCCCAAAUCCCCCUUUUAUUGUUUACGUCCUAGCGGUCCCCAGGGGAAAGGUGGUUUUUAUAUCUGAAGAAACUGCUCUUUUAAAACACAAAGGAUAGCACUCGAGUGUGGCUCUUGUUCUGGUUUCUUUGCCCCUGUUAAGGCUCUCCAGGCGAGGCAGGGAGUGGUAAGACCCACCUGCCCCCUUCCUCCUUUCAGCUCCCCUCUCUUAUCCCUCCCAGCCCCAGGCAGUAUCCGUGCCGCUGCCAAAUGAAAGGCACCAGGGCGACCUCGACAGCACGCAGGGAGCAGUUUUUUUAGAGAAGCUGCUAGGACACAGGGACAUCUCUGCUGCCCUGGAAGGAGUGGCGGCACCGUAGGCGCACAGCCUGCAGGUGUGCAGCAUUUGCAGCUCCAAAUCUGCACAACUUGGCUGCGGGGGAGAGGCCUUUCCCAGCUGAUCUUAACGGGGCUGCUAAAUCUCCAGCUAAAAUUGAGCCCUCCGGUUGCUGAUGGAGAGAAGAGAAGGAAUCCUUGCUUCAGGGCACUUUCUGUCCGUGCGUUUCCUCCUUGGGUGUGUGAGCGCCCAGGGGGUGAAAUAACGUGUGUGUGUGCUCCUUUGAGAAGUUCCUCGUCCUGGUCUCUGGUGUGUCCUCAGUGUGUGUCCGUCCCCGUGGCCCCUCAGCACUGUGCUCUGUGCCUCUGUGUGCCCGUUGCUGUGCUCCAAGGACUGGCGCGGUCCUUUACACUGGUCAAGAUGCUGCUAUCAGGACAAAACAAGAAUUCGUGCAGCCCGUUUGCUGCCUGGUGUUAAGUGCAGCUGGGCAGAUGGGGGGCACAUUUUACCACCCCAUGACGGGUGACAGUCCCGUGUACCAAUCCUGCACAAAUCCUGCCCAUUUACUCUGCUCCUCAAGGCGAGCCAGAAAGAACAUCGGAGAGUGCUGCAGCUUUUCAAGAUUUUAAACGUGUGCUCUGCUCAUUCGAAAGGUCCUAGUGCUGCCUGCUGCCGUGUGUGUGUAGGAAGCACCGAGCUUUGUGGCCCGCAGCUCUCCGGGGGAAGUUUCCCAUCCCCCUGGGGAGCAGCAGGGAGGUGAAGCAUCCCGGGCUGCUGCUGCUUGCUGGCUUUUACCCUGCUGCUCCCCCGUCGUGCUGCCCAGAGAGCUUGGCAGAGUCUCGGAGGAGAGAAACCUCAUCGCUCCGGGCUUCUGCUGAGGCCAGAGCCUGCGUGAGAAAGGGAAUUUGGGGGAUUCCUCAGCCACCACUCGGAGCUCUCUCAGCAGGGGUGUGCACAGCGAGGCUGGCUGCUCUUGGCUUCAAGCUGUGAGAGCAAAAAGGGUCCCUUGGUACGAGGCAGCCUUCCCUCACCUGGCUUAUUCACCGUGGUGGAGCACUGAUUUUGUACCACCCGCGGUCUCUCUCCCUAUUUUCCCCACCCUCCCUCCUUCUCCCUUCCCUCCCUGGGGGUGUCGAGUCGCUUUCCCCAGGCGGAUCGCAAAGGCCAGGCUGCUUCAGAGCCUUCCUGCUGUUUUAACCACAACUUACGCGACGGUGUUCUGUCAUUUUGGGUAGCAGUGGUGUGUUUUGGAUGGUGGCUUGUUCUGUGGAGACCCUGCGUGUUUCUUGGUGCCUCUGCACAACCCCGGGGCGCUUGGGAAGAAGCCAGAUGUGGUUUUACGUGUAGCUUGGAGUAUCAGAGCUGUUUCUUGUAACCGAUAAUCCCUGCUUCCUCCUUGCACUUAAAUUAAAAAGGACACUCGAAUCCCAA